CUAACCACUUCCUAGAAACACAAAAAUAGAAAUUUUACAUAUUGAUUAAUAUAGAUUAGAGUUUGAAGUUAUAUUUGUCUGAAAACUAAAAAUCAGUUAGUGAAGUGAAGUAUGGAUUUGAAAAAGAGUGAGAAUAAUCAUUCAAGUGUACUAAUUUUUUGUGUUAAUGGUGACAAGUUUGAGUUAUCCAAAGUUGACCCAUCAACAACUUUGCUUGAGUUCUUGCGUACUCAAACUCGCUUCAAGAGUGUCAAACUUGGUUGUGGUGAAGGUGGUUGUGGUGCUUGUGUAGUUUUAAUCUCCAAAUAUGAUCCUUUGCUUGACAUAGUUGAGGAUUUUACAGCAAGCUCUUGUCUCACACUACUUUGCAGCAUUCAUGGAUGUUCAAUAACAACAAGUGAAGGCAUUGGAAAUAGCAAACAUGGAUUCCAUCCAAUUCAUGAAAGGUUUGCAGGAUUCCAUGCUUCUCAAUGUGGCUUCUGUACACCUGGAAUGUGUGUUUCGCUCUUCGGAACUCUUGUCAAUGCCGAAAAGAACAAUUUUCCAGAACCACCUUCUGGUUUCUCUAAAAUCACUGUUUCGGAGUCUGAAAAGGCUAUUGCAGGUAACCUUUGUCGAUGCACCGGUUAUCGACCUAUUGCUGAUGCCUGCAAAAGUUUUGCAGCUGAUGUUGAUAUGGAGGAUUUGGGAUUGAACUCUUUCUGGAAAAAGGGAGAUAGCAAAGACUUAAAGCUUAGUACCUUGCCUCGAUACAAUCAUCAUCACAAGAAUAUCAAAUUUCCUAUGUUUUUGAAGGAUAUUAAGCAUGAUUUGUUCUUGGAUUCUGAGAAACACAGUUGGCACAAACCUACUAGUUUAAAUGAGCUUCAGAGCUUAUUGGAUUUAAACCAUGAUAAUGCCAAUGGAAGCAGGAUGAAACUUGUUGUCAGUAACACAGGUAUGGGAUAUUACAAAGAUAGAGAAGGUUAUGAUAAGUAUAUUGAUCUAAAGGGAAUAUCUGAGUUCUCAAAGAUCAGAAAGGAUCAAUCAGGGAUUGAAAUUGGAGCAGCAGUGAGUAUAUCUAAAGCUAUUGAAAUACUAAAGGAGCAAAGCAACAGUAACUUUAUGUCAGAUUUUGUAAUGAUACUUGAAAAAAUAUCUGAUCAUAUGAACAAAGUUGCCUCGGGGUUUAUUCGGAAUACGGCUAGUGUAGGUGGCAAUUUGGUGAUGGCACAAAAGAAUCGUUUUCCUUCGGACAUCGCUACUGUACUUCUUGCUGUUGAUUCAAUGGUUCACAUAAUGACUGGUGCAAAGUUUGAAUGGCUUGCAUUGGAGGAUUUUUUGGAUAGACCGCCACUCGGUUUGGAAAGUGUGCUUUUAAGCAUUAAAAUUCCAAAUAUGAAACUAAAAAAAAGUGAAUCUUCGGAGACUAAAAGUAGAUUCGUCUUUGAAACUUACCGAGCUUCGUCUCGACCUCUUGGAAAUGCACUUUCAUACUUAAAUGCUGCUUUCCUUGUUCAAGUGUCUCCAUGCAAAGAUACUGAUGGAACCAUUAUGAUAGAAACUUGUAGGUUGUCUUUUGGUGGUUUUGGGGAUAAGCAUGCAGUCAGAGCUAAACAUGUUGAGGAAUUUUUAGCAGGGAAGUUGUUAAAUGUUGGCAUUCUGUACAACGCUGUCAACUUGUUUACGUCUACUGGCACGAUUAUACCUCAAGACGAAACAUCGAAAAAGGCUUACCUUUCAAGUUUAGCAGUUGGUUUUCUUUUUCAGUUCUUUAACUCACUCAUUGACAGUCCUGCAAGAAUUACCAAUGGUUAUUUAAAUGGAUAUACUCAUCCGCCUUCUGUCGAGGCUUCUAACAUAAAAGAGAAUCAGAAGCAGGUUCAUCAUAGCAAAUUUCCUACUUUAUUGUCGUCGGGGAAACAAAUCCUUCAAGCAGGCAGUGAAUAUUGUCCGAUUGGCAAGCCAGUCGUGAAAUCCGGUGCUGCUUUACAAGCUUCAGGUGAAGCUGUGUUUGUGGAUGACAUUCCAUCACCAACAAAUUGUUUACAUGGAACAUAUAUUUAUAGUGAAAAGCCAUUGGCAAGGAUAAAAAGUAUAAAACUCGGGAGUGAAUUGCAACUGGAUGGAGUGAGGGACAUCCUUUCUUGUAAAGACAUUCCCAAUGGUGGAAAGAACCUUGGAGCAAACAGUAUAUUUGGUUCAGAACCUUUAUUUGCUGAAGAGAUUGCUAGAUGUGUUGGUGAACGUCUCGCCUUUGUGGUUGCAGAUACUCAGAAACUUGCAGAUAUAGCUGCAAACUCUGCUGUUGUCGAUUACAGUAUCGAAAAUCUUGAACUGCCUAUCCUACGUGUUGAAGAUGCUGUUGAAAGAUCAAGUUUUUUCGAGGUUCCUCCAUUUUUACGUCCAGGAAAUCAAAUUGGUGAUGUAUCAAAAGGAAUGGCUGAAGCAGAUCACAAGGUUCUUUCUGCUGAGAUCAAACUUGGAUCUCAAUACUAUUUCUAUAUGGAGACGCAAACUGCACUCGCUGUACCAGAUGAAGACAACUGCAUUACUGUUUAUAGUUCAAGCCAAAGCCCUGAGCUUGUACAUUCUACUAUAGCAAGAUGCCUUGGUAUUCCUGAAAAUAAUGUUAGAGUAAUUACAAGAAGGGUUGGUGGAGGUUUUGGAGGAAAAGGCUUAAAAUCUAUAGCUGCUGCUGCAUCAUGUGCACUCGCGGCACACAAGUUACAGCGACCUGUGAGAAUGUAUCUAAAUCGAAAGACGGAUAUGAUAAUGGCCGGGGGAAGGCAUCCAAUGAAGAUAACAUACAAUGUUGGGUUUAAGAAUAAUGGCAAGAUUACUGCAUUAGAACUGAAGAUAUUGGUCAAUUCCGGGAUUUAUCCCGAUGUUAGCGUGAUAAUGCCACGCAACAUAGUCGGUGCGCUUAAAAAGUACGACUGGGGGGCUCUCUCUUUUGAUAUAAAAUUAUGCAGAACAAAUCAUCCUAGUAGAUCUGCAAUGAGGGCCCCGGGCGAUGUGCAGGGAUCAUUCAUCGCCGAAGGUAUAAUAGAAAACGUUGCAGAUACGCUUUCGAUGGAAGUAGAUUCUGUCAGAAGUAUUAAUCUUCACACCUACACAAGUCUUAAGGCAUUCUAUGAAGACUGUUACGGUGAACCUCUUGAGUACACCAUGCCAUUAAUAUGGAACAAGUUAGCUGUUUCUGCAAACUAUGAACAUAGAGUAGACAAAGUGAAAGAGUUCAACAGGAUCAACACAUGGAAGAAAAGGGGAAUAUCUCGAGUACCAGCGUUGUAUGAGCUCAAUCUACGACCAACUCCAGGAAAAGUUGGUAUUUUAUCAGAUGGUUCUGUUGUUGUUGAAGUUGGAGGAAUUGAAUUGGGUCAGGGUUUAUGGACAAAGGUGAAACAAAUGGCUGCGUUCGUGCUCGGUUCGAUUCAAUGCGAUGGAAAUGGAAGUCUCUUGGAUAAAGUAAGAGUUGUACAAUCUGAUAGCUUGAGCUUGAUUCAAGGUGGAUUAACUGCUGGGAGUACUACAUCAGAAUCAAGCUGUGAAGCAGUUAGACUUAGCUGCAAUGUCUUGGUUGAAAGAUUAAUGCCUAUCAAGAAGAAGCUUCAGGAGGAAAAUGGUUCUAUCAAGUGGGAGACUCUUAUUCUUCAGGCAUACAUGCAAGCUGUGAAUUUAUCAGCAUCUUCAUUUUUUGUACCUAGUUAUAAUUCCAUGAAGUACAUCAAUUAUGGUGCUGCAGUUAGUGAGGUGGAAAUAGAUCUUCUGACAGGAGAAACCAGAUUUUUGCAAACAGAUAUUAUUUAUGAUUGUGGACAAAGUCUCAAUCCUGCUGUGGAUUUAGGACAGAUUGAAGGAUCUUUCAUACAAGGGUUAGGAUUUUUCAUGCUUGAAGAAUAUGAAACAAACCUUGAUGGUUUGGUGUUGGCAGAUGGCACAUGGAACUACAAAAUCCCAACAAUAGACACUAUUCCUCAACAGUUUAAUGUUGAAAUCCUCAAUAGUGAGCAUCACCAACAUAGAGUUCUCUCUUCAAAGGCAUCUGGUGAGCCUCCUUUGCUUCUAGCAGCUUCUGUUCACUGUGCCACAAGAUCAGCUAUCAAAGAAGCAAGGAAACAGCUUCUUUCAUGGAGCAACUUAGAUGAUGGAUCAGAUUCAACAUUUCAGUUGGGGGUACCUGCAACCAUGCCUGUUGUAAAGGAACUCAGUGGACUAGACAUUGUACAGAGAUACUUGAAAUGGAAAAUGGACAACAAGUAAAAGGCUUCAAUCAUACAUCAUUAUUAUCAUGUAAAUGAAAGCUACCAAUACAAUGCAAUGCAUUAUUUAUAACAUUUUUCAAGUUGUCAUUAGAUGAAUUCCAUUUGAAUCUUGUUAAAAAAGCAAGCCUAUGUUAUUAAAUGGGACUUGCAUGAUUUACUCAAUAAUUGAUGUAUAGAAAAUAAUGUAAGAAAAUUGUUAACAUUAAUUGUUCAUCUAAUAAGAGUCAAUGUGCAACCAAA